AUGGAGCUUCUGGAAAAAGGGGGUGCUCAGGACCUCCUUCCCUUCGUCGGCUACUGCCGGGUUUUCGUUGUGGACAACGAUGGGCUUCAACGGAAAACAAAGGGUAGCCGAGUAGAGGCGCCUGUUCACAUGAGGGCCGAAGGGGGGAAACGCAUUUUCACUGCCUACUUUCCUCCCAAGGACCCAGUGACGAUGCUGAAGCUGCAGUCGGACGAGCAAGAAUUUGUGUACGGCAAAGUGUGGGUCGGCGCCUUCUGCAAGCCAGAGGAGAACCCCAACACGAAUCGUCUCUUGUUCGUGCUUCAAGGGCAAAACUGCAAAAGGCUCGCGGAGGAGGUGGACGCGUCCUCAGACAGCACGUGCACAUGCAAAGCCUUCAUGCCGUUCCUUGAGGACUGCUACUCGAAGCCCGUGGAGGCGCGUCUCACGACAGCAGACGAGAAGUUUGUGACCAAGCUGGUUAAACUUGAAGUGGAGGUCACGGACGAUGUUUACGAGCAGUGGCUCCGCUACUACAGAACGCUGAAGACAGUAGACAAAGAUGACAAGGACGGCGAGAAAAAAGACGAGAAGAAAUAG